AUGUUCGCCUCCUGCCACUGUGUGCCGAGAGGCAGGAGGACCAUGAAAAUGAUCCACUUUCGGAGCUCCAGCAUCAAAUCGCUCAGCCAAGAGAUGAAAUGCACCAUCCGGCUGCUGGACGACUCGGAGAUCUCCUGCCACAUCCAGAGGGAGACCAAAGGGCAGUUUCUUAUUGACCACAUCUGCAACUACUACAGCUUGCUGGAGAAGGACUACUUUGGCAUUCGUUAUGUGGAUCCAGAGAAGCAGCGGCACUGGCUUGAACCUAACAAGUCCAUCUCCAAGCAAAUGAAAUCUCAUCCACCAUACACCAUGUGCUUUAGAGUGAAAUUCUACCCACACGAACCCUUGAAGAUUAAAGAAGAGCUCACCAGGUACCUUUUGUACCUGCAAAUUAAAAGAGAUAUUUUCCACGGCCGCCUGCUCUGCUCCUUUUCAGAUGCUGCCUACCUGGGUGCCUGUAUCGUUCAAGCUGAGCUCGGUGAUUAUGAUCCUGAGGAGCAUCCUGAGAAUUACAUCAGUGAGUUUGAAAUUUUCCCCAAGCAGUCACAGAAGCUGGAAAGAAAAAUAGUGGAAAUCCAUAAAAAUGAACUCAGAGGCCAGAGCCCACCAGUCGCUGAAUUUAACUUACUCCUGAAAGCUCACACUUUGGAAACCUAUGGGGUGGAUCCCCACCCAUGCAAGGAUUCAACAGGCACAACAACAUUUUUAGGAUUCACUGCUGCAGGCUUUGUGGUAUUUCAGGGAAAUAAGAGAAUCCACUUGAUAAAAUGGCCCGAUGUCUGCAAAUUGAAGUUUGAAGGGAAGACAUUUUAUGUGAUUGGCACCCAGAAGGAGAAAAAAGCCAUGUUGUCAUUCCAUACUUCAACACCAGCUGCCUGCAAACAUCUUUGGAAAUGUGGGGUGGAGAACCAGGCCUUUUAUAAGUAUGCAAAAUCCAGUCAGAUCAAGACUGUGUCAAGCAGCAAGAUAUUUUUUAAAGGAAGUAGAUUUCGAUAUAGUGGUAAAGUUGCCAAAGAAGUGGUGGAGGCAAGCUCCAAAAUCCAGAGGGAGCCUCCAGAAGUACACAGAACCAGCAUUACUCAGAGCCGCAGUUCCCACUCCUUGAACACACAGCUCAUCAUCAACAUGGAGCCGCUGCAGCCCCUGCUGCCUUCCCCCAGCGAGCAGGAAGAGGAACUUCCACUGGGGGAGGGUGUUCCACUGCCCAAAGAUGAUGACAUUUCUGCCCCCUUGACAUCCAGCUCACCAGUGAAGGAAUCCCACGAGUAUGAAGAGCCCUCAAGUGAAGAGGAAGAUAAAAUAAAAGAAGAGCCCUUGACCAUCUCUGAACUGGCAUACAACCCAAGUGCCAGCCUGCUUCCUACCCCAGUUGAUGAUGAUGAAAUUGACAUGCUCUUUGACUGUCCAUCUAGGCUGGAGUUGGAAAGAGAAGACACAGAUUCAUUUGAGGAACUAGAAGCAGAUGAAAACGCCUUUUUAAUGGCAGAAGAAGAGGAGCUGAAGGAGGCUCGCCAAGCUUUGUCAUGGAGCUAUGAGAUUCUGAGUGGCCAUAUUCGGGUGAACCCACUUGUCAAGAGUUUUUCCCGGCUCCUUGUGGUGGGCCUGGGCCUGCUGCUCUUUGUAUUCCCCCUGCUCCUCCUCCUUUUGGAGUCAGGUAUUGAUCUCUCCUUCUUAUGUGAAAUCCGCCAAACGCCCGAGUUUGAGCAGUUUCACUAUGAAUACUACUGUCCUCUCAAGGAGUGGGUGGCUGGCAAAGUCAACCUCAUUCUUUACAUGCUGGGUUGCUCAUAAAGCUCAUAUCUCAUAUGACUAAGGGCUAUAUUCAAUACUAGUGAUUUGUUUUUUUCAGCAAAUGCCUGGUUCUGAAGGGUCACGGGACCGUCAACAGGUAUUCCUUAAUCAUUACUGGUUAUUCGGACCUUUCAGUUAGCUUUCCAUAAUUCACUGCAAGUAAAUAAGUUUAAAUCAAAUAGUUAUUUUAGUUACAGGUCAGGAAGAUGGGCUCUAAAUAACCAAAAAUAUGUUU